CGCUGCGGUGAUCUUCAGUCACUGCCGGACUUCCGUCGCGACUUUUCGCUCAAAUUCAAAAAAUUGGAAAGACAAGUGGGUGUUAGGUUGGAGCUUAAAAACCGGUCAUGUUCGUUACGCCGACCAUCUUCAUGUGGCUGGUAGUGAUCGGGUUGAUCGCGUACCGAUGCCACCGGUAUCUGUUCGAUAGGCCGAAAAAUUUCCCCAGCGGACCACCGAAACUUCCACUGCUCGGCGGUUACGCCAUAAUGCUAAUGCUGAAUUUUUACCACCUGCAUCGGGCGGCUAACAAGCUGUGCGAGUACUACAAGACCAAGAUGCUGGGCAUCUACCUGGGCAGUUUCCCGACGAUAAUCAUCAACGACUUCGGCACCGUGAAGGAAGUCCUGAACCGGGUGGAGUUCGAUGGCCGUCCGGAUCUGUUCAUAGCCCGGAUGCGCGAGAAGAACUUCCUGCUGCGGGGCAUCUUCUUCACGCAGGGCCCCGAUUGGAAGGAACAAAGGCGGUUCAUUUUGCGGUACUUGCGUGACUACGGAUUCGGUCGGAGGUUCGAUGAAUUGGAGGCGGAAACCAAUUCGGAGAUUCUGACGUUGAUGGAGCUGAUUCGGUAUGGGCCGAAGCACAAGCACGAGUUGGAGUUUUUGGCCAAAGACGGGAGUGCGAUGGUGCCGAAUUUGUUUUUCGCGUGUUUUGCCAACUCAUUUUUGUACGUGCUGUCCGGGGAAAGGAUCAACCGGGAGGAUGCCGAAAUUUUAUUCCAAACCGGAAAGUACGCCAUGAUGUUCCAACGGUAUGGCGAUGACUACGGAACCAUCUACAGCCUGCUGCCCUGGAUGCGACACUUCUUCCCCAAUCAAACCCGCUAUCGGACGAUCCGGGAGGGAAGUCUCGGUGUAAACCGCUUCAUCGAAUCCAUCAUCCAGAAGCGUCUGGAAACGCACGAAGAGGGUCACGUGCGCUGCUUUUUGGAUCUGUACUUUAACGAAAUGAAAAAGACGGCUCCACGAAAUGAGGAAACCCGGUUCACAUUUCAACAUGACCAGAUGGUCCUGGGUAUAGUGGACUUCUUCUUCCCGGCCAUUUCCGGCGCUACCACGCAAAUGGCGUUGCUACUGGAGCGACUUCUCUGGCAUCCAGAGGUGGUCCAGAAGAUGCAAGCCGAAAUCGACGACGUCGUUGGUAAUGGGCGACUCCCGUCGCUGGACGAUCGCAUCAAUCUCCCGUACACGGAAGCUACCCUGAGGGAGGGGAUGCGACUAGAUACCCUGGUACCGUCCGGAGUGGCCCACUUGGCCAUGAAGGACACCACCCUGCGUGGGUACGACAUCCCGAAGGACACCAUUCUGGUGCUGGGGUUGGACUACAUCCACAUGCAGAAAGACGUUUGGGGCGAUCCGGAGAACUUCCGGCCGGAACGGUUCCUGGACCACAGGGGCAGGCUUUCGCUGGCCAAGGACGUGUCGGUGCCGUUCGGAGCCGGGAAGCGGCUUUGCGCGGGGGAAACCUUCGCACGGAAUACGAUGUUUUUGAUCCUGUCGGCGCUGGUGCAGAACUUCAAUCUACAAAAGCGACCGGGCGAUAAGAUGCCGGACUUUGGGAAGCGAGAUACCGGAAUCAUCAUAUCGCCCAAGGACUAUUGGCUCAAGUUUGAACCGCGAUAAAUGGCAAGGGACAAAACCAUUCAUAUUUAACUAGAUUAAGGUAGAAUGUAAGCUUAGCUUUGUGUUACUAAUAAAUAAAGACUAGAAAGAAA